CAACAAUGGAGCAUCUCUUUGAGAGAAGAAGAUGCCUUCUCUUAUGCCUAACCUUAAUUUCCUUUGUUCUUCUAACUAUCAUGGCACCCUACCACUACUACACAGUCUACACCAAGUCCCAAGUUCCAUCAGUUAUAUGGAAAACUUCUUCCCCUGCUUCUCCUCCUUCAGUUCAUCUAAGAAAUACUGCAAAAACAGCAAGAGUGUGCAAUGUUUUCAGUGGAGAAUGGGUGCCAAAUCCUAGUGCUCCUUACUACACCAAUGAGUCCUGUUGGGCCAUUCAUGAGCAUCAGAACUGCAGGAAAUAUGGAAGACCUGACACUCAGUUCUUGAAAUGGAGGUGGAAGCCUAAUGACUGUGAGCUUCCCCUGUUUAAUGCUGCCCAGUUCCUGGAAAUCCUCAGAGGCAAAUCUUUGGCUUUUGUUGGUGAUUCUGUUGCCAGGAAUCAUAUGCAGUCAUUGAUGUGUCUUUUGAACAGGGUAUCAUUCCCAGUUGAUGUAUCCCAAACAAGUGAUGAGAGAUUCAAGAGAUGGUCAUAUGCAAGCCAUAGUUUCACAUUAGCAUUUUUCUUGUCACCAUUUCUAGUUAAAACAAUGGAAGCUGAUCAAAAUGGCCCAACAAACACAGGCCUGUUCAACCUUUACUUAGAUGAACCUGAUGAUUGGAUUACUAAAGUCAAUGAAUUCGAUUAUGUUAUCAUGUCGGCUGGGCAAUGGUUUUUCCGGCCGAUGAUCUUCUCCGAGAAGAAACAAGUCAUUGGUUGCCAUUUCUGUCUGCAAGAAAACAUCACUGAUUUAACAAAGUAUUAUGGUUACAGAAUGGCAUUCAGGACUGCAUUCCAAGCCAUGAAUGAAUUGAGAGGUUUUAAAGGAAUGUUAUUUCUGAGAACAUUUGCACCAUCACACUUUGAAGGUGGAGAUUGGAACAAGGGAGGUAAUUGCCUGAGAAGAUUGCCAUUGAGGAACAAUGAAACAAGGCUUGAUGGAUUCAAUCUAGAGCUUUAUAUGAUUCAAAUUGAGGAGUUUAGGAGAGCAGAAAAACAGGGGAGGGACAGAGGAAUGAAGUAUGGAUUGAUGGACAUUACUGAAGCUAUGUUACUUAGACCUGAUGGGCAUCCAAGUAAGUAUGGACAUUGGCCUAAUGAGAAUGUGACUUUGUAUAAUGACUGUGUGCAUUGGUGCUUGCCAGGACCAAUUGAUGCAUUUAAUGAUUUCUUACUUCAUAUGUUGAUUGAUAUCAAGAAGAAGGAGAGCUGAUUCUGGAGAAGUUUUUAAUUAAGAUUGUGAGAUGGAAAUAUUAUUGUUCUGUUUGUAAGCAUCCAUUGUG